CCUUCUGCCACAUUUUCUCUCCAUAAUAGACCAAAUCCGAUUACCCACUGUCUUAUCGCGCUCACAUUCCAGGAAGGAUACCUAGCUGUCGGCAGUGGAAAAAGGAAAGCUAGAGCGGAUCAUAAUGGGUCUCGCAUACAACGUCUAUCUCACUUCCAAUAAAAUCUUCGGAUGCAAGCAGUGCAAGACACACCUUGCGGACUAUGAUGAUAUCAUCAGUCGAAACUUUCGUGGCCAGCAUGGCAAAGCGUACCUGUUCAACAGUGUCGUCAACAUAACUCAAUCUGAAGCGGUGGAGCGUAGCAUGACCACUGGGAGGCAUAUCGUUCGUGACAUCGCCUGCAGACAAUGCAGGGAAACGGUAGGGUGGAAAUACGACAAAGCGUACGAGACCAGUGAGAAAUACAAGGAGGGAAAAUUCAUCCUAGAAGAGGAGCUCCUGUGCGUGGUGUGCUAAGGUGCCUCCUCUUUCUAUGAAGGUGGGAAUGCGUCCCUACUAUAAGAGACGUAUGGUAGCAUGCCGGAUCUAUUUACUUGAGCGUUUUAAUCCGUGGCGUAAGGCAAGGGCGUUGAAUGGUGCAUUAUGUUCUGCUUUGACCGACUUUGAGAACCGGGUUUUCCAGCACGCAAGUUUUGGCGUAUUUGAGGUUUCAGCUUCAAUCCAUACUGGACGUUAUGUGUCAUUCGUACUUCAAUUCAGGAUCCUGUGGAAUCAAUAUCUUCCUUCAGCCAUAGGGUUCGAAUGAUAUGUGUCAAAUCA